CUUGUAACAGCAACGCAAAAUGCCACCACAAAGCAGAGGCGGUCAACGCCCGAGCGGAAUCCAACAGUCUCAAUCGUCUCCAAAUCUACCCACGGUGCGCGAACUAGUUCAGCAUGAACGCGAUCGUUUGCCUUUCGAGCACCAUGAGCGGAACAGAAAAGCAGGCCUGGCGAUGCAGUCCACAUAUAUUAGGCCAAAUAGCAAUGGCGCUCCCCAAUCUUCGGAUGACGAUGUGACGACUGAGGACGAUGAUGAUCGCCUAGUUGACCAGCGUCAGCAGCAGGAGGAGCGAAAAGACCGGAAAGAAGUGGAGAGGGCAGAGCAGGAUGAUCAAGAGCAAGAGGAAGAGGAUGAUGACGAAGAAGAGGAGGAAGAGGAAGAGUUUCCAUCAUUUGACGACGACGAAAAUGAAACAUUCCAUUUAAAUCGCUCGCACGCACAUCUUCCACCAAGCUCAUCGCAACUCUUUCCACCCUUCUAUAACCGGCCGCCUACUCCUCUGCCACCAUCUCCUUCGCUCACAUCUCUGCUUCGCCCCAGCUUCAGCACGCAUACAUCCCACCACACCACUCCCGAAUCCUCUGACACUGAGUCCGCAACUGGUGCGUCUGCAACAUUUCCGGGAAGCACACAUGCUGCCGCUUCUAAGUCGGCUUCUGCUCCUCGAGCUCAUCCGAAGGUUCCCACGUAUGAGUACUAUGGUUUUGCAUUAUAUCUGGCCUCGUCCCUGUUCUUUUUGAUGUAUCUGUUAUGGGCGUACCUUCCCUCUCCUUUUCUCCACCAGCUGGGUAUCUAUUAUUAUCCAAACCGGUGGUGGGCACUCGCGAUUCCGUGUUGGUUGGUUGUUCUAGUAAUUUGGAUUUACAUCGCCCUGCAGAGCUAUAACACCGGAACCCUGACAUUGCGAAUGGCUAGCAUUGAGUGUAUCGUCGACGAAGCAGGCAAGGUUGCGGUAUUGAAUUCAAAUGGCGAGAUUGUUCGGGAUGGGAAACGGAGCCGAUUCCAAGUAAAGAGGAAAGGAAGAGGUACUGAUACUAGGAAAUGUGGAGGAAGGAGCAGGCAGAGUUCUCUUAAAGAAGAGAAACGAGUUUAUGUACCUGCCGAUCUAGGGCCGGGCGUAAACUGGAAAAACUUAUGGAAUGAAGGAACGGAUGCGGUCUUGGACGUGCCAAUUGGGGGCGUUUGCGAGAUACUGUAUGCUCACGGAGAGAGCAGUGAUGGAGAAGACAUUCGUAAUCCUCUCGCGUAGAUAAUCACAUCUCGCGAAUUUCAUCCAAGAUCAAGCUGCGUACAUAUCGCAAUAUUCGUAAUUUUUGAU